AUGAGUCAGGAACCUCUGAGUGCUAAUAAUGGCUCUGAUACCAAGUCCACCAGUGGCAGCAAUCAGCUUACUCAUCUGCAGGAUCAUUAUUAUGAAGAUUAUGAAGAAGACUAUGAAGAAGACCAGAUUAUGAAGAAGACUAUAGAUAAAGUUCAAGAAAACUGUCUAAAUGACUCAGAUCCAAAUGCUUACAGUAGUACAAAUGGCAGCACAUUUCAAAAAGAAGCAAUUUACCACAGUGUAUGUAAGGCAGAAAUCACUUCUCUACUGAGAGAAAUCAAAUCCUUCAGGAAAACCAGCAGACCAAAGGGGGCAUUGAGACAGCAGCUCUGGGAGGAACCGGUGCUUUGCAGAGGCCAGGGCCUGCCGCCACAAGGGACUCAGUGCUGUCCUGAAGACCAGCCUGCUAGCCUGGGCCUGGCCAUCUUAACAUCAGCCUGUGGUUUCCUGGGUGGAGCUGGCCUGCUAGAAAUACAGGUGUUGGCACAGGUUCUUUUUUCUCAAAGCAUUCCUGGACUUUCAGAAAGCUUACCAUUGAUUAAUAAGAAGACAGCUUGCCUUGGGCUGAUGUCUACAGCAGUACCUGCACCCUGUAUCUGCACACUAUUGUUCAUCUUCAUUUGAGAGGCGUAACUGAUUCUGUGUAAAUCCUUGGAUUUCUGUCAUAUACAUUCAAAUGAAUGAAUGAAUACCAUUUAUCUAUUUCUCUAAAAGAGAACAAAUUUCCUAAUUAUGGAGAUAACUGAGAAAUGUAAAAAAAUAAAAUAUAAGGGGAAUAAAUAAAUAAAAUAAAAUAAAAGGGGGGGAAAACUACUUAAAAUGAGAGUAGUCCUUUUUGGGCUCUGUUUGGCGAGGGAAUUUACAAACAUUGAGUCUGUACAGACACAGAAGCAGUACCUUUUGUAAUACAAACCCAGACACCUUGGAAUCAGAAGACUGUAGACAUGCCAAGAACAGACAGGCUUGCAGCAAGUGCUGAUUUAAGCAGUGAAGCAGAGAAUGGCAGAGUAGGCAUUGGUGUGGUGGGACUGGAUUUCAAAUGAAUGAGACUAUUCAUCAGGACUGCAGGAGAUAAAACAUUAGGAGUGUGUAAGUUAAGUAUAUCUUCAAUUAAGGCCAUUUUCCAUUCAACAUGAAUAAAUCCACUAUUAGCUGCAUGAACUGAUAAAAAUUAUAAUCAAGGAAAAAGCUAUAUAGCACUCAACCUUUGUGCUAAUAUGGGACAGGAAUUAAUUUGGUCUUUGUUAUAUCAAAUCAGGC